UAUGUCCCAGACUCUGUCUUUCUCUUCUCGAGGGCUCCCGGGUGCGUUUCCUGGACACCAUGAGCAUGCACAUGGCCAUCUCGGGGCUGACGGGCUUCCAGCGCAGCCUCUGGAUGGCUGCCAAGAACGGCAAGAAGAAGGGACUGCAGCAGGUCAAGCAGCACAUACAGAAAACGCAGCAACGGGAGGGGCCAGCCGUCACUUCGUGGGACUGGGUGGACGUCAGCAGCAUCAACAACCUGGCCGACGUGCAUGCACUGUACGUUGGGGGGGAGCCGCUGGAGAAGGAGGCACGGGAGCUCUUCGUCAAGGGGACCAUGGCCGACAUCAGGAAUCACUUCCAGACUCUAGGUGAAGACACGAUGUUGCAAGGCAUGUUUGUGUCUGGCACAGUCAAAUCCCCUCCAGCAGACAUCUAAUUCCUCGCUGCUUCGGGCUGUAGGUGCCCCCACCCCGUGACGUUUGCAGGGAUGCUGGAGAUGGGGGUGUCCUACCUGCCGGUCAACGGGAACUGGAAGAGGUACCUGGACGAUGCUCAGGGCAUCUACGAGGAGCUGCAGAAGGAGAUGAAAAAGUCCCUGAUGAACCUGGCCAACGACGCCUGCCAGCUGCUGCACGGGGACAGGUACAAGGAUGACCCCUGGCUCUGGGAUCUCGAGUGGGACACGCAGGAGUUUAAGCAGAAGAAGAAUCCCAGGAAGAAGAAGAAGAGGAAGAAGGACCAGGACAGCAAAGCCUCCGCGGUGGCAGCAGGUGUGGACGGGUCUGCGCAGGAGUGGCAGGAAGGUGAGCGUGGGGUGAUCGAGUACCUGUACAGGCAGCACUGCCUGGAGAAAGGCAAGGAGCAGCCCCAGGGGCCUGCAGCUGCUGUGGAGGAUGAGCUGCUGGUGAUGGACGACAGCACCAUGUGGCAGGAGGUGGAGGAGCUGAGCCAGCUGGAGACGGACGCGGAGGAGAAGGUGGGCAGAGCAGACCAGAGCCUGGCACAGGAGGAGAUGGAUGAGUUGUGCGACCCAGCCGAGGCGAGGAGCCAGCCCUCGUACCACCAUGGCAAUGGUCCCUACAACGAUGUCAACAUCCCUGGGUGCUGGUUCUUCAAGCUGCCUCACAAGGACGGGAACGCUAACAACGUGGGCAGCCCUUUUGCCAAGGAUUUCCUUCCCCGGAUGGAGGACGGCACCCUGCGAGCCGCCGUGGGCCGCAUCCACGGGACCAGGGCCCUGGAGAUUAACAAAAUGAUCUCAUUUUGGAGGAAUGCUCACAAGCGCAUCAGUUCCCAGAUGGUGGUGUGGCUGAAGAAAGGGGGGCUGCCCCCUGCUGACCGGGUGGGCAGCGAGCUGAAGGCCAUGGUCCAGGUGCCGCCUGGCUACUCCCUGGUGGGCGCGGACGUGGAUUCCCAGGAGCUGUGGAUAGCUGCCGUCCUCGGCGAGGCACACUUCGCCGGCAUGCACGGUGAGCUGGGGAUGCGCCACAGGGGAAUGGGGUUUCACCUCUCCGAGGAGGGGGAGUGGCUGGUGAGGGAGCUGGAGCUGGCUGUGGACAGAGCAGAGGACGGAUCGGUGUCGGCCCAGGAUGUCCAGCGGCUCCAGAGAGAAGCUACAAAAAGGUCCCGGAGGAAGAAGAAGUGGGACGUGGUGGAGAACCGAGUGUGGGCUGGAGGCACCGAGUCCGAAAUGUUCAACAAGCUGGAGAGCAUUGCCUUGUCCCCGUCCCCGCAGACCCCGGUGCUGGGCUGUCACAUCAGCAGGGCCCUGGAGCCCGCCGUGGCCAAGGGAGAGUUUCUGACCAGCAGGGUGAACUGGGUGGUGCAGAGCUCAGCCGUCGACUACCUGCACCUCAUGCUGGUCGCCAUGAAGUGGCUCUUCGAGGAGUUUGACAUCAACGGGCGCUUCUGCAUCAGCAUCCAUGAUGAGGUGCGCUACCUGGUCCAGCAGCAGGAUCGCUACCGGGCAGCCCUGGCCCUGCAGAUCCCCAGCCUCCUCCCGCGGUGCAUGUUUGCCUACAAACUGGGUCUCCAGGACCUGCCACAGUCGGUGGCUUUCUUCAGCGCUGUGGACGUCGACCAGUGCUUAAGGAAAGAGGUGACCAUGAACUGCGAGACGCCAUCCAAUCCAACCGGGAUGGAGAAGAAGUACGGCAUCCCGCAAGGAGAAGCAUUGGAUAUCUAUCAGCUAAUUGAAAUAACCAAAGGUUCGCUGGAGAAGAAAUGA